AUGGCAAGUUCUUCACCCACAGCAGGAGGAGGACUCAAGAAGCAUAACUAUUUGGGGAUCUCUGAUUGUUCUUCUUAUUAUGCUCAAGGCUACGGAUCUGACACUUGGCUUCCUGGAUCACGAUCUCUUGUUAGAGACACGGAUCUCCACUUACUGAGCUAUGCAAAGCUCGAUGAGAGGCCCUUCUUGCCCUUGGUUCCUUUGAAAGAUGAGAUUUGCCCCUUUUCGUCUCUGAAGAACAUUGCCUCGGGGAACAAAAGUUCAGUUUAUACUGAGAAAAAGUGGACGUUUCCUGAAGGGGUAGCUAGCCAAUAUGUAAUGAAGAAGGAUGUGCCACGGAACGUCCCCAAGGGACAUGGGAGCACUACAAACAAUAGCUCUAGCCCACCUGCAGCCAAGUAA